CACAAUACCUGAUUGAUGCAACUGACUGGACACUCCCACUAAACUGAGUAAAUAAAAAGAGAAAUUGUAGGGGCAAGUUCUGUUAUUCUAAGAAACGUCCUCGUCUCAUUUACAAAGGAUUUCAAGAGGAAAAAUGGUGCAGUAUAAAGUGACCGUAUUCACUGGUGAUCGCCUUAAUUCCACUACUCUUAACAAUGUCUACAUUAAGCUGGUGGGCACAGAUGGGGAGAGUGAUCGCAAGUGGCUCAUGGGCUUGAAAGGGGCUUCAUCCUUCGUCAGAGGAGCCGUAUCAAAGUUUAAGGUGUCCUGCUCCACUUCCCUUGGAAAGCUUCUACUAAUAGAGUUAGACAAACAGUCUCUCCCACUGUUCCCAGAGGAUGAUUGGUUUUGUGCCAAGGUGGAAGUGAAAUCCCCUGAAGGAGACAUCUACAAUUUUCCCAUCUACCGCUGGAUUGCUGAUAGCAAGGUGCACCGCUUUAAAGAUGGAAAAGCUCUGAGAGUCUUUGAAGACAACCAUCAUCUUGGCAGGUACAGUCGGCAGCAGGAGAUUCAGCAGCGAGAGGAAGACUAUCGCUGGGAUGCAUAUGCAGAGGGAAUACCUCACUCCUUGAAGGCACAAAACCCAAUUUUUCUGCCAUCUGAGGUUCAGUUCUCCUUCACCAAAACUACAGAGUUUCUCUACACUGCUUCCACAGGACUGACUGAGCUGAAGCUGAAGGGACUGGAUAACUGUAAGGAGAAGUGGGAUAAUAUUGACGGCAUCAAUCGAGUGUUUUGCUGCAAAAAGACUGACAUAUCAGAAUAUGCUCAGGAACACUGGAAAGAAGAUGCUUUCUUUGGCUACCAGUUUCUAAAUGGUGUCAACCCCAUUUUGAUCCAGUGUUGUACAACCCUGCCCAGUAACUUCCCUGUCACUGAUGACAUGGUCUUUCCCCGCAGUCGUUGCAGCCUUGCAGAUGAAAUGAAGAAAGGGAACAUAUUCCUGUGUGACUACAAGCUUCUGGAUGGGGUGAAAGCAAACACCAUCAAUGGGAAGAAGCAGUACUUGAUGGCUCCUCUCGUCCUGCUCCACAAAUCUCCUGACAAUAAACUAAUGCCGAUUGCUAUUCAGCUGAAGCAGACUCCAUCAGAUGACAAUCCAAUCUUUCUUCCUACUGAUUCUGAGUACGACUGGUUGAUCGCCAAGAUUUUUGUGAGAAGUGCAGAUUUCAAUCACCAUCAGCUCAACGCUCACCUGCUGCGCACACAUUUGCUGGCUGAGGUUUUUGCAGUGUCACUGCUGCGCAACGUGCCCAUGGUGCAUCCUCUGUACAAGCUCCUCAAACCUCACACACGCUACACUCUGCAGAUCAACUUCUUAGCUCGACGCCUUCUAAUUUCUGAGAUUGGUGCUUUCACUCAGUUUGCAGCAUCAGGUGGAGAGGGCAUGUUUACAAUCCUGAAGAGGUCAGUGUCCUCAAUGACGUACAGCUCCCUCUGUAUAACAGAUGACAUUGCUGAACGUGGCCUAGAAGCUGUGCCAAACUUCUACUACAGAGAUGAUGGCCUAAAGGUUUGGGAUAUCAUCCACAGGUUUGUGCAGGGAAUGCUCGGCUACUACUACAAGAGUGACAGUGAGGUCCAGGAGGACUCUGAACUUCAGAAGUGGAUUUUGGACAUUUUUGAACAUGGUUUCUUUUCUCAAGCAGAAACAGGAAUUCCUCAGACAUUUACUUGUGUGACUGAGUUGGUCAAGUUUGUCACCAUGGUGAUCUACACUUGCUCAGCCCAGCAUGCAGCCGUGAACUCUGGACAGUAUGACUAUGGUGGCUGGAUGCCCAACACUCCCAUCUCCCUGCAACUCCCGCCACCGACCACAAAGGGGACGACAAGCGAGGCCACGAUGUUGGCCACCUUCCCUGACGUCAAUGUAACAGUUCAGGGCAUGGCCACCAUGUGGCUACUCAGCAAGCAGUCCAGUGACUUUGUCCCUCUUGGCCAGUACCCGGAGGAGCAUUUCAUUGAGGAGAUUCCUCGCAAAAUACUCAAGGAUUUUCAGAUGGAGCUUGAAGAUUUAAGUUUAGUUAUCAAAGCCAGAAACAAGCGUUUAGAAGUGCCAUACACCUACAUGGAUCCGGCAGAGUUAGAAAACAGUGUGGCCAUUUGAAUAUUAGAAGACUCAGCUGUGAGACAAAAUUCAGCUCCCUCUUCAAACAACAGCAGGUUCUGCCUCUAAUUUCUGACUUUUACUGAUGAAAUAGAACAAAGAACUUACUGCUUAUAAUCACUAUAUAUACUAAACUGUAAAUUUUAUUCAUCUGUGUUAAAAUGUAAAUUUAUUUUUUGAUUACAAUCUUGAAUCAUCUUCUGAUUUUCAUCAUAGUUUGCUAUCUUAUCAAUAAAGAAGUGUCAAA